AUGUAAUGUUGCCAUAUGUUAGCUAAUUGCCAAAAAGUGAAAUAAAUACUAAAAAAUUUAGAAUCUUUUGCACUUAUAUUUUCUGGAUUAUGUCAUGAUGUGGGACAUACAGGCAAAAAUAAUAAUUUUGAAAUCGCCGUAUUAUCCAAAUUGGCGAUAAGAUACCAUGAUAAAUCAGUUUUGGAAUAACACCAUUUGGCCAAAACAUUUAAAAUAAUGAAAAGAUAAUAAUGUAAUGUACUGGGAGGGUUGAAUACGUUAUAAUACGCCAAUGUAAGGCGAUAAAUGGUGUCUAACAUUUUAUAGACGGACAUAAAAUAGCAUUUUAAGCUUCUUUAAGACUUCGAAAUAUACUGGAAAAACGCCGGAGAUAAAGUAACAGAAAUAAUGAAUAAAGAAAAUAAUGAAAAUGAAAUAGAAUUAUUAACUGGAAUGAUCAUUCAUACAGCCGAUUUCACUGGAGCAUCGAAAAAAUUCCCUUUGUCAAAACAAUGGUCAGAAAAAAUAAAUUAAGAGUUUUUUAUGUAAUAUUAAGAAGAAGGACUUAGAGGAGUUUCAUAAACAGCCUUUAUGAAAGAUUUAGAUUAAUUACCAAUUAUGUCAAAAGCCGAAAAAAGUUUUUUAAAUGUAAUAGUAUUGCCUUUAUGGUAGAAUUUGAAUGACUUUUAUGAAGGAGAACUGUAAGUUAAUAUUAAUAAUUUAAAUAAUUCCAUCGAAUAAUGGGAAUAUUUAUCGAAAAAUACUGGAAUGCUUAAUGAAAACAGUGGAAUACUUAAUGUUUCAAUUACUUAAGAUAAAAAAGAAGCUUAUUAAUAGUUGAAUAAACUUGAAGAAGUGCCAGAAGAAGAAGAAAAAUCCUAAGAUAAAAUUUGA